ACAAACACAAUGCUGCGCGACACUAUUUUCUCCUUCCUAGGCAAACCAACCCGCCUUGACAACGCCCGGAAACACAUCUCACUCGCUACAUUGCGGCUUCCCCACAAGAUCGGCACUUGGAAAUGCAUCUGCGGUCACACAAACUCCAUUUACCACCUCUCCGGCCACUUGCACCCCCUCGGCAUCAUGGCGUGCGCCCGUGAUGACUGCGGACUAACUUGGCAUCCAUCCACAAACCCCAUCACACCGCACCACCGCUCAGAUCUAGUGGUGCACGUCCGCCUCCCUGACCCGAAGAAGUCGAGUGAUGAGGAGACGCCGUAUAUCCUUCCGUCGCCAAAGAAGACCGUGCUGCAGAAUAUUGAAGAUGGUGCCUGUCCCGAAGGCUAUGGGUAUGUCUGUCUCAAUGAAAAGUGCGGGCUGAGCUGGGCGACAAGGGUGGUGAAGGAGUGGCCUUGGGGAAGCGGUAGGAAGAUUUUGGCAGUUGGUGGGCGCCGGUGGAAGGGCAGCUGUCUUUGCGGGAGGUGGGUGCAGGUUGGUGGGGGGUUUGCGGUGUUUGAGGUCGUGAGGCGGUAG